AUGCUGCAAUUUAAUACAGAAAAUGAUACUGUAGCUCCAGUGUUUCCAAUGGAGCAAGAUAUAAACGCUGCACCAGAUGCCGUUCCAUUGGUGCAGACAACGACACUGCAAGUCUUUGUCAAGCUCGCCGAACCCAUAGUGUUUUUGAAAGGAUUUGAAACUAACGGAUUGUCUGAAAUAGCACCCAGUAUCUUAAGAGGGUCUCUUAUUGUCAGAGUAUUGAAGCCUAAUAAGUUAAAAAGUAUAUCAAUAACGUUCAAAGGAGUAUCCAGAACAGAAUGGCCAGAGGGUAUACCACCAAAGAGAGAAGAGUUUUCAGAUGUUGAAACGGUUGUUAAUCAUACCUGGCCAUUUUAUCAAGCGGAUGAUUAUAUGAACUCUUUCACUUUGGAGGAUCACAGUUCAAAUAAAUCGUCUAAUCGCCCAUCCCUAAGCGAUGAAAAUUAUCUACUUGAAAAAAGUGGUGCCUCAGUAUAUAUUUCACCAAACACUGGCCCCCCCAAAGAUAAUAGCAAUCUGAGUCUGAAUGCAUAUGGACACAACUCACUCUCAUCGGAUAACUUGAGUAAUAAGUCAGCAUCGCAUGAUGAUUGUAAUGAUGACAGUAAACUGUCGGUUAUUCAAAAGACACCAGAACCAUCAUCCAGUCGAAGAGGAUCAGUGCCCGCAAAUUUCCAUGGUAACGCCUUGUCCCCUCAUACCUUCAUAUCUGAUUUAUUUACAAGGACAUUCAGUAAUAAUGGUGCUUCUCCAAGCCUGGAUCAAGAAGACAAUUAUCUUACCUUGUCCAAAGAUGCCAAAGAGGUUUUUAUCUUCCGGCCGGGCGAUUAUAUUUACACCUUUGAACAACCAAUAUCACAAUCUUAUCCUGAAAGUAUAAGAGCGAACUUCGGAUCGGUGGAGUAUAAAUUGUCAAUCGAUAUAGAUCGGUUUGGCACAUUUAAAUCAGCCAUACAUGCUCAAUUACCCAUUAAGGUCGUAAGACUUCCCUCUGAGGGUUCCGUAGAAGAGACUGAAGCUAUUGCGAUUUCUAAGGAUUGGAAGGACCUUCUUCAUUACGACGUGGUAAUAUUUUCAAAGGAGAUUGUUUUGAAUGCGUUUUUGCCCAUCGAUUUCCAUUUCGCUCCCUUAGAUAAAGUUACUCUACAUCGGAUUAGAGUUUAUCUAACCGAGUCUAUAGAGUACACUUGUAGUAGUAACGGGAAUCAUGAUAAGGCUCGUAGAUUAGAGCCAACUAAAAAGUUUCUCUUAGCCGAACAUAAUGGUCCGAAACUGCCUCAUAUACCUGCCGGUUCCAAUCCUUUGAAAGCUAAAAAUAGAGGAAACAUUUUGCUGGAUGAAAAAUCGGGCGAUCUAGUCAAUAAAGAUCUCCAGUUCGAAGUGUUUAUCCCAAGUAAAUUCACAAAUAGUAUACGAUUACACCCUGAUACCAACUAUGAUAAAAUUAAAGCCCAUCAUUGGAUAAAAAUCUGUCUUCGUCUUUCCAAGAAGUACGGAGAUAAUAGAAAACACUUCGAAAUAACUAUUGAUUCUCCAAUUCACAUUUUAAAUCAACUAUGCUCACAUGCGAAUACAUUACUACCAAGCUAUGAAAGUCAUUUCCAGUAUCGAAAUACUAGUGACAACUUCACACCAACAGUAGAUCAACAAAGUUAUGCAGGUCAUCAUGACUCGAAUUUUUUUUUUCCAAAAGAAGUUCUCUCAUCCCCAGUUCUCUCUCCAAAUGUCCAGAAGACCAACAUUAGAAUACCUUCUGACCUUCCGGUUGUACGUAAUAGAACUGAAAGUGUGGAGAAAAUCAACCCGGAUAACGAUUCCAAGAAAGACGCUGAAAGCAGUAAUGUCUUCGCAUCCAAACAGCUAGUCGCGAAUAUUUACAAACCUAACCAAAUCCCAAGAGAAUUAACUUCCCCUCAGGCUUUACCAUUGUCGCCCAUUACAUCACCAAUACUCAAUUAUCAACCAUUAUCAAAUUCACCCCCUCCAGAUUUUGAUUUUGAUCAAGCCAAGCGUAGCGCGGCCGAUGCAAACGUUAUUCCUACAGAACCCCCAUCAUAUCUCGAUGUAUUACAGGCUGACGGUAUUGAUUUACCAUGCUAUGACACAAACUCAUCUCGAAUUCCAGAACUCAAGUUGAAUAAAUCCAGGGAAACACUGGCGAGUAUUGAGGAGGAUUCCUUCAAUGGUUGGUCACAAAUUAAUGACUUGUCCGACGAAGACGAUAAUGAUGGCGAUAUUGCAUCUGGUUUCAACUUCAAAUUGUUAAACAGUGCUUCCAGUGAGAAUGUGAAUUCCCACACUCCUAUUUUGCAGUCUUUAAAUAUGAGCCUUGACGGGAGAAAGAAAAAUCGUACCAGUCUGCAUGCCGCAUCAGUAUUGCCUAGCACAAUAAGACAAAAUAAUCAACAUUUUAACGAUAUAAGUCAAAUGCUAGGUAAUGGUAACGAAGAUGCCCUUACAAAGGACCAAUCAUCAAACUACAAUAAGAAACUACCAAUUCUCAAAAUCAAUGAUAACAUCAUACAACCAAAUGUUAACAACAGACUUGCUGAUAAUGAAGACACAAUGGAGUCUUCGGUGGAUAUCACCGCAUUUUAUGAUCCUAGAAUGUCAUCAGAUUCUAAAUUUGAUUGGGAAGUAGCCAAAAACCACGUAGAUCCAACAGGCUAUUCUGUAAAUGUUGCUAGUGAAAAUUGUGUGAUGGACGAUUUUAAGAAGGCAUUUCGUGAAAAGAAAAAGUAA